UCAAUCUACCACGAUGCCGCUCCAAAUCCGAAGAAACCGUUGCUCCUCGUUCAUGCGGGACAACCUGCUGACCAUUCUGACAGUCAUCGGCGUGGUCUCCGGCACGAUCCUGGGCUGUGGGCUCCGAGCGUCAGGCCACGAGUGGUCGCGCCGAGAUGUCAUGUACUUCCAGUACCCUGGGGAGCUGUUCUUGAGGAUGCUAAAGUCGCUCAUUGUGCCGCUACUGGUGUCCAGCAUUGUGUCUGCUAUAGGAUCUCUCGAUUUGAGUCUGUCUGGCAAGGUUGGUCUCCGCGCGAUCAUCUACUACAUGACGACGACGAUAUGCGCCGUGAUGCUGGGCAUAGCGCUGGUCACCACCAUCAAGCCGGGCAAGGAUCCCGAGGCGUACACGCAGCCCAACGCCACCAAGGUGCUGGUGAAGGAUACUCUCACUUCUGACACACUGCUGGAUUUGAUCAGGAAUGUGUUCCCGGAGAAUCUUGCUCAGGCGACGAUCGCAUCUUACCGCACGCGGCUGGUUUAUGAUCAGAACGACACUAAAAGUCGACUGGGUGAGCUAGAAACAUACCAGAUCACAGGCGAGUACCAGAGCGGCAGCAACGUGCUGGGGCUGGUCUGCUUCAGCAUCGUGCUCGGCAUCACGCUCGGCAAGAUGGGCGACCAGAGCAAGCCGCUGCAGGAGUUCUUCCACGCGCUGUCUGAGGCCAUGAUGAUUAUCACUGGAUGGGUUAUUUGGCUAUCCCCUCUCGGAGUGUUCUUCUUAGUGACAGCAAAGAUUAUGGAGAUCGAAUCAUUCGCGGAACUAGUGGGCCGGCUGGGGCUGUACUUCAUGACGGUGUUGCUGGGGCUGUUCCUCCACGGCUUUGGGACCCUGAGCAUCCUGUUCAUCCUGGCUACGAAGAAGCUGCCUUGCCGCUAUAUCGCGAAGAUGGGACAGGUCAUGGCUACUGCUUUUGGUACUGCUUCUAGCUCAGCAACAAUGCCAAUAACGAUCGGUUGCUGUGACGACAUGGGCCUGGACCCUCGCAUCACGCGGUUCGUCAUCCCCAUCGGCGCCACCAUCAACAUGGACGGCACGGCGCUGUACGAAGCUGUCGCCGCCAUCUUCAUUGCGCAGCUUAGGAAGGUCGAAAUGUCGUUUGGCAAGAUUAUUGCUGUUAGUGUGACAGCGACGGCAGCGAGCAUAGGUGCGGCGGGCAUCCCGCAGGCGGGGCUGGUGACCAUGGUGAUGGUGCUGGACACCGUCAACCUGCCCGCCGAGGACGUCUCCAUCAUCCUCGCUGUCGACUGGCUGCUCGACCGAUUCCGCACAACGAUCAACGUGGUCUGCGAUGCGUUGGGCGCCAUCAUUGUGACGUCACUCUCCCAAGGUGACAUUGAGAAAACUCGCGCCAUCAACACGAGUAACGAUAGGGAUGGGGCACCUUCACACGAACUUACCGAACUAGAGAAGGGCGACCAUUGAGCAAAAAACCGUAAAAACGUCCUCAACUGCCUACCGUGGACUGAAUAACGAAUCAAGUUAUGAUUGAAAAAAAAAAUAUCUAUGGUCCGAGUAAUGGAAAUGAAUAUACAAGUACAAGAUAGGAGCUUUAAAUUCAGAUCAUAUCGAAAAACCGAAUUGGUAGAAUUUGAAAAUACUGCUUCAAAAUAAAAAAUAAAUAAAAUUUCGGAAUACAAAUUUUAAAAAUCGUGAACAAAAAGUAACUUUAAUAACCGUUUUUCGUUAUGUAAUCGUUUGACGAUAACUGUUACUGUUCAAAUGAAGUAACCGUUAUUUUUAGGACAAUAACGUUGCAGCUAAAACCGUUACUUUGUGAUGGGAUGUUUUGAGUAAGUAUUCUUCUGUGUACAAUACUAAUGUAUGGGUUUUAAUGUAUAUUAACGUCGAAUGAUGAAAUAAAUAAUACUCUGAUUAUGACCAUCUGUUUCGUUUGUGAGUAAUGUUUGUAAAUUGCUAAUUCUACGUGAUUUUAGAAACGUUUAUGAUUCUGCGCUCUCUUCUACGGAUUUUCAGUUUAUAUAUGAUAUUUUCAAUGUAUGAUAUAAUAUUAUGAUAUUUACCAAAUGUCGGUUACCAAAGUGUUGUAUUAAGAAUCCAGUAUUUAGUUAAAUAUCGAUAUAAAUGUUAGAAGGAGCUUAUAAUGUGUGUUCUAAAUGUGCCAUUUUAAGUAGCUUUAAAGUAGCUGUCGUGAUAUCGUCUAGAAUUUUCGACUAUCUUUGGUGAAUCUUGACUUCGAAUUGUUUUUUAUUUCGAGAUGAACUGUCUAGCUAAUUUGCUACUGGGUACAAAAUUCUUCCUGCCAUUACAAAGAUUUUGGAUAUACAAAAAUUAACAAAAAUAAUAGUGACAUUUACAUUUUAGAUAUAUUUCAGGACGAAAACUUUGGAGAAAUUUUGAAACAAUUUGUAGCUGAAACGUUCCAUCUAUUUUUGUAUGAAUGUACAUUAGUCGAAUGUAUGUUAUGUAUCUCGUACGUGUUCGUUUAUAAGUAGGUACUAUGAAUAUGCGCCAAAUUUUACUAACAUAACAACGAUAUUGUUAUAUCUCUCUUUAUUCAAAGUUUUAGAUUGAUUCCUUAGUACUUUUCGACAAUUAGUAUCUUCAUUGCGAAAAAGUACUUAAUAUCAUUGCAUUGCAUCUGUAUUAUUUAUCUAUAUCUUUUGAAAUAAAACCAAUAAAACCGGUUACAAGAGUAACCGUUAUAUAGAGAUUACGAUAGCCCUGUAUAGUUGUUUCACUCUCUAAAGAAAUUAAUGGCAGUAAAAUCGUGUCAUGAUAAUCUAAAAGGGUUUAACGGCGGAUUCCUUUAACCGAUCUAUCUGUUCUUUGCGAUUAGAGAUUAAAUGUUGACAUUAGCUUCAUAUGUGAAAUGUCAAUCUCUAAUCACAAAACCACGGAUAAGUUGAUUAUUGAAAUCCUGAGUAAAAAGGUUCCAAGAAAAGAGUUGUAAUGUUAAAGACAGCCUGCAUUCCAAUUUCGAAUGAAUAUGACACCUAGUGUUGGACUUCUAUUUAUUUACAUUUGUUAUCGAUUGUUUUUAUCGUUGAGAACGAUUUAAAAAUUACCGUUAGUAGUUUGAAAAGUUAUUUAUUUAUUUUGCUGUUUCACCAGUUUUUGAUAUAAUCUCGAGUUCUUAGCAAAUUCAUUUUAGAGUUUUAUUUUUUAGACAAACUUGUUGCAAAAUUAAAAAGUUUUCAAUUUUAUAUUUCAAUAAUAUCAUAAAAGGACUUUUUAUAGUCAGAAUUGGUGAAACAGACCCUAAGUAGUGUAUGAGUUACUAAGUGAUUCUCUCAAGCAAUUUAAUUUAGUACUAGUUAUUUGAAUUAGUUACAACAUAAUAACUUAUAUGAAAAUAAUUUAUAUUAUCGACCACAGCAGAAGGAAAGUCAUUUAAUUGUGGCCAAAUAUUAGCUUUAAGGAUUUAUAGUAAGAUAUUUUACCGAUUAAAUAAUAUUAUAUAACCACAUUUAUGUACGUAGACGUAAUGUUCAUAAUAGUCUCUAGUCCGCACUUUAAUUAUUUUUAUUAGUCCGUUAUUGUAAUUGAUGUUAAAAUUAAAAUUUUAUUGAAUUAUUAUGAGACGAACUCUUUUAACGAAAAUUAUCAUCUUUUGGGUCUUCACUCAAAUAUCUUUAACUGGUAAGAAAAUAACUUAUUUUUUAUUGUUAUUUGUAUGUAUUGAAGCACUAAGUAUAUAAAAAUGAGUUUAAAUCAUGAAAUAUUAUUAUGUGAGUACAAAUAUUAUUUAUUGAUGUCGGCUCAUGAUUCCCUGUUUUUAUUUAAAAUGGAUGUUAAUUUAAAUAAAUAUUUGUGUGAA